GGACAUUCCCGCACAAUGUGCACUCUCGUCGCACGUAUAGUCCGGCUCAGACCUACCUUCAUCGUCACGUUCUUUGUUGUUAGCGGCUUCUAUGAUCGCGUCAAGGGAGAGAUAGCUCGUGACUUCUUGCGAGGAGAAGAACAUAUGCUUUCCCGCAUCAGGCGAGUGGAGGGUGUGCACGACACGAGCAGCGCUGAGGAUGCUUUUGAAACUGCUUAUCGCAAUAUAAUUGACGACAAAUCGCUUACGUGUGCAAAUACGGGGACCACAUUUGACCCACACCCAGUCCGUCCAACUGUGGCCAUUCUGGACAUGUUUGUUGUUCGUGCGUUCGAGAUCGUCAAGACGCUCAGCUCGAACACCGUCAAGGUAUACACAUGGUAUCCUGCGGCCACGAAGAGCUUCCACUACUAUUUCGCCGAAGAUCUUGUGCCAGCAUGCGAAGCCGAAGCCGCCAGCAGGGGCAUGUCCUUCAAUGAUGUGGCAUAUGAGCGUUUCAGCAACUUCACCGGUAGGGUAGUCCGGACCCCUUGUGCCCCGACCAUGCACGAUUGGGAGUACAAUCCUCAAGCAACACGUUCUCCGCGGGAGUUUAUCGGAAACAUCCUCAUCAAGGUCGGCGGGCAAAUGAAGCGCACCGACGGCUUCAUUACUUUCGAUGCUGCAGAAUACUGUCCCACGGCGACUGAAUCUCUGCGAUCUUGGUUCGCAGAGACAGGCCGCAAAUGUUACUACGCUGGCCCCUUGGUCCCUCAACAGAAGGAAGAGCCAUUGGGCGACCCGCGCUCGUACCAGAUAAAGACGUUCUUGGACCAGGAACUCGCCUCGCAUGGCGAGAAGUCUGUCAUCUACAUUUCCUUCGGCUCGAUGUUCUGGCCGACGGAACCAGAGAAACUGUGGGCUGUGUUUGAUGUGCUUAUGGAGAGGCAUAUUCCCUUUAUCCUCAGCACAAGCGCUGUCUUCGCGAAGACGCCUCCUCCCGAGGUGCAGGAGAAGGUAGCUCAGUAUGGCGAUGCUAUGAUAACCGAUUGGGUGCCCCAGCAGUACCUGCUUGAUCAUCCCGCAACGGGCUGGUACUUGUCGCACGGUGGACACAACAGCACGCUUGAAACCAUUCUCGCCGGAGUUCCGAAUAUAGUGUGGCCUGUCUAUGCGGACCAGCCUGUGAACGCCAUCCACCUGUCCGAGGACCUCGACGUCGCCUACGAGCUCUUCGAGGUCCGUUGUGGCACUGGCUUGGGGCAGAUCCUCCGCAACGGUAAAACACCCACCGGGACAGUUGAAGCUGUCAAGGCCGAGAUUCACAACGUCCUCGAUCACGCAUUUGGGGACGACGGCGCCAGGAAACGUGUCAAUCUGCAAGCUGUAAGAAAGAAGCUACAGGCAGCUUGGGCGGAAGACGGGAUCGCACGCAGGGAGGUCGAGGCUUUCUUGGACGAUUUGUAAUAGACUGGCGCAAACACCACUAGACACUGGGAGCGCGUCAAAGGCAGACAUAAUAUAGAAGUUUAAC